AUGGCACGUGUUUGUAGUUCUCCAAAGGUGAAAUAUUCUACCAUAAGGAACAACGGAAGUCCAACAUUUUGCAACUUGCAUCGGCAAGACAUUCGCGAUAUUGGUAAGGAAACAAUAUAUCCUCGAUGGAAAAGCAGCAUUCCGAAACUGAAGUUAGUUCCUUUCGAGAAAACAGCAACACAACGAGAACUUCUGUCCGAUCCAUCGUUUGACGCUGAACAAAUAUUGCAUCGAACACCAAGGCUUGUUCGAGGUUGGUAUCUCGGAAAAGAGCCGCUCGAGUAUCGCCGACAAACAACACCUUUCCGAUUUAGUUUUAACACAAGGAACAGCAACGAGGCGACUAGGGAGGAAGACAAUGAAAUGAAACCUAUUACUAAGAGGGCAACCCUCAUAUAUCCUGAAUGCAUGACUGUGGCAAUCUGCACUUUACAAACAAGACCAGUUAAACAAGAAAAAAAAUUGCCUACGGGAACAGUUAGCAUGCCAUCUGCUGCAUCGAAAGGAAAGAGCACAAAAGCCCCUACUAUCCAUGGAUUAAACAAAAGUAAAACCCCUGCGAGUAGCGGAUUAACCUCUAAGAAAGAAACGUUUGUACAGCUUGAUGAAGAUUGGAAAUAUUCUGGUCGGAUCAGUAAACUGACAAGGAAAGUCUAUCGACAAAAUGAAAGACCACGCACCGCCGAAUUCCAAGAGAAAAAGCAAAUUAAGCGUAAAAAUCUUCAAAAGUUAGUCACUGGGUUCCUGAGCGAAGGACAUGAAAGUAUUUUGGGGUGUGGCAGUGAAAGUGAACAAGAAAAAAUAUUCAAUGAUUACCUGAAGAAGAUUCCAGAUUGCUGCGUGGAGUACUUCACAUUUAAAGAAAGUGAUUAUGACAUAUGGUCACGCACGAGCUACGACUGA